AUGGCUACACACAUGAACAUGGAAGAUCUGAACAGCCUGCACCGCAAGGCUGCAGAGCUCAACCAGAGACCUCACGAUGCAACCUGUGUAGACCACCAUGCACACCAGCCUACACAUCGACCUAGACACCAACGAGACGAGAUUCCCAAGCGGCGAGCAAGCCCCACAACACUUGACGAGUACUUGACUGCCUGCCAUGAACUCAUCUUUUCCGGGUUCGCCGUGGAAACAGAUACACGAGAACUCUCGUUGGGCUACGCGGACAUGCCACAGGACAAGCCCUGUCCUAAGCUGAAGCCCUGGGCCGACUUUAUCAACCAGCAGAGACUCACCUUUGGCAAACUCUACGACGCACUCGGAUCUGAGACUCGAGUCUUUGAGAACAGAGAUGUCAUGGAGCGUCUUUGGAAGGGACGCUCCCCGAGGAAGCCGAUUGGAGACGAAACAUUUUUUCGGUUCUUCAUGCGUGACAGCCUCGAGAAGCCGGUUGCCGCCAUCAUCUCAGAGCUUGCAAAGAUUGAAAAGAUCCGAGAGGCAUUUGAUAUUGGAGACGGUGUCGACUUUGAGGAUAGGCAAGACUUUGUCAUCGAUGCUUUUGGGGCAGCCUACGAUAGGCGUAUGUCAUUCCCAUGCACCCCUGGCAGCUCCGUCGACCAGCCAUCUGUGCAGCAAGAGAUAGUUUGCGUCGUCGACUGGGUGCUGCCUCACAUGCUGACUGCUUCUCGUCUUCGUGUUGGUCUUCGUGAAAUGGACGUCUACGAGGAGGUGGUGAACCGGGAGUCGAUGCUGCCGGCUUGUCAAUAUUCGACUGCGCGGUUCCGGUAUCACGCAGAGAAGCUGACGGCGUGUGCUCUUACGGAUGCGUAUGGCCAGAUGAUUGAAGAGGGUCUCGAGUAUGGACUUGUCACCACGGGAGAGGCUACGGUAUUUCUCAAGCUUGAUUGGGAUGAGCCUGGGGCCCUCUACUAUCAUCUGGCCGAGUUUGGACCUGAGGUGUCUGCUCAUCCAUCUAACGCUCCGAUCUGCACUGCCGUGGGUCAGCACCUGGCAUUUACCCUCAUGCUUCUUGGGCAGCAAGGUCGACGCAGUUUAGAGGAGCGAAGGAAGGCUACUGUCGGUUUGAGGACAUGGAAGGCUGACUUUGUGGGCAUUUGGCGGUCUAUCCCAGAGUCAGAACGAUGGGCGUCGCCGGAGGCUUGUCCUAAGUCAACCAGGUAUGAAGGCAUUGAUCGGUCGCCAAACUUCUCAGAGUCCGAGGAGAUUGACGAGACACUGCCGAGCAAGGAUGAAAACCUGGAGCCGUCUGAGGACGAAUCGACAUCAUCGUGGCAAGAUGUUGGCGAUUGGAGAGACCUGUACUCCGAUACUUAA